CUCAUGAAUGUCUCCUCUGUCACUGAGUUCGUCUUCCGGGGUAUCUCCUGCUCCCAUCCCAUCCGGCACCUUCUCUUUGUCCUGGUGUUGGCCUGCUAUACCACCAUCAUUUUGGGCAAUCUUCUCAUUGUGGUCACCGUCAACAAAGAGCCCUGCCUCCGCCAAUCCCCCAUGUACUUUUUCCUGGCUAGUCUCUCCAUCAUUGAUGCUAUGUUGGGGUGUGUGGCUGCCCCUAAGAUGAUGGCUGACCUUGUGACCUGUGGCAACACCAUUUCAUUUGGGGGCUGCUUGGCCCAGGUCUUCUUCCUUCACUUUUUUGGUGGCUCAGAGAUGCUUCUCCUCACACUCAUGGCUUAUGAUCGCUAUGCAGCAAUCUGCCAACCACUGACCUACGCUGUCACAAUGAACCGCCCACGCUGUGCCCGGCUACUUGCCUUGUGCUGGGUCGGAGGCUUCAUCCAUUCCACAACCCAACUGGUACUCAUCCUCCGGCUUCCGUUCUGUGGCCCCAAUGAACUGGACAGCUUCUACUGUGACGUUCCACAGGUGGUCAGGCUUGCUUGUGCCAACACCUAUGUUACUGAGCUCCUCAUGGUGGCCAACAGUGGCUUGCUCUCCCUGCUCUGCUUCUUCACGUUGCUAGUUUCUUAUGGUGUAAUCAUUGCAACCCUUCGGGGGCACUUCAAGGAAAUGGGAGGGAAGGCUCUCUCCACCUGCAGCUCUCACUUGAUGGUGGUCUGUCUCAUUUUCGUGCCCUGCAUUUUUGUGUAUCUCGUACCAUUCUCCAGCUCCAGGGUGGACAAGAUGGCUUCCAUAUUCUACACAGUAGUCACACCUGCCCUCAACCCUAUCAUAUAUACUCUCAGGAAUCAUGAAAUGAAGGAAGCUGUGGGGCGGAUGCAGGGUAGAAGGGAGGGAAAGCUGAAACCUCUCCUCCAGAGCUUUGUGGAUGAAGGGAUGAGGGUAUAG